UACUUACACUAGAAUCAUCUCUAGUCCUAUUUGACUCUUCCAUCCUGUGUGAUGUGAUUUGUGCAGCCAUGUCCACAUCAGAGCUCUUUGUUUCUGCCGCUCGUAAAUGUCUGUCUGCUGGUAGAAAGUCCCUCUCCAUUCCUCAGAGUCUGGACUUGGCUGUUCAGGUGUCAGCUGUAGACUUGGGGUUGAAACCUGCUAUUCUGUACGACAGUAAUGGCGCCUGUGCGGAGCAGGUGCAGCGCUAUCUGAACUCUUUACAAUCACUCCAGCUUGUGUCUAAAUCACUGCUCACGCUGGAUUUAAAUGGAAACAUUCUCAUUGUUAAUCCAGCCACAGUUAGAUCAAAUUUAGAGCAGGUUCUUCAUGAUGGGAGCAGUGUGGCUGUGAUUGAUGUCUGCCACUCACAGGAGACACCCACCAUUGCAGACCCGCUGAGGGGAGAGCUGAAGGGCAUAAUACGAGAUUUACUGCUUCUUCUGGGAGGGGUGCAGCAACUCGACGAUGCUGAGAGACUUCUCAGCGCCGGAGAGAAAUGUGAGGAGUGGAACCUGUGCACAGUGUUUGGGCUCUUACUGGGUUACCCCGUCACUUACUGGUUUGAUCACACCAAGAGUUUUGACAACUGUUUGUCUAUGACUCCCCUCGUGGUGGUUACAGCUUCAGCAACAUGGCAAGAAGACACCGCAGCUCACAGAUGUUGUCUGUAUUCAUUCAGCAUCCCAGCUGCUCUCCAGGAGGAGAUGCAGUCCAACCUGGAAACCUGGACGCUGCAUCUGCAACAGAGAUUUGGGCAGCAAAACCACCUCAAGGAGCUCACAAUUAGUCACUCCAUAGUCACACUGCCCUCAGUUUGUUUGUGAAGAUAAUGUGAGUUUGUCUUUAGAACAAAAUGCUCUGGAUUGUGUUGGAUUAUUUAUCACUGCAAUAAACAGUCAAAAUGU